CCUCCGGAGUAAGUGUAUCAUCGUGUAUACACUCAUGUGUUGUGGUAGAGAUGUUGAUGAUUUCUGCAGAGAAACAUUUACAGAGGUCCAUGGUGCUGUGUCCACUGCUGUUGUACCCACCACCCUACCGGUAAUUACUCCACAUAAUUGAUUGACUUUCCUCAAUAGGAAGAAAUGCUAUCCUCGAGGCCUUCAAUCAGGGUCUAUCACCCAGAAGCUUAUCCUACAAUUGGGGGCGAGACUAUGAGCCACAAAAAAAAUGACGGCCAUUGAUGUGCGAACUGUUGUUUCUAGUAUGGCGUUAUGCAAAGCAAACGAAUACCUGCAACUGGCAAGGUGAAGAAUUGCCGACAGGGCAACCAACUGUCGGGAGAUUUUGUGCUGACUGGGCUGUUGACAGGUGGUCGGUCUCAUCAAUCGGACCACCUCUGCGGCUGCAGAUCCUCGUCGGAAAACAAUGCGUCUCCCAAGGUAUGAGGAUUUUGGCCGAACGUUCGAAUGGCGAGCGUAUCUAGCUUUCCGCACGCCGCCCGCGGAAUUGGAUUCCUGCCUGACUUGUUGAUGGUCAAUUGUUUUUUUUUGUUGGCGGCCUGUGAGCUACUUUUCCUCGAUCCUGGAACCUAGGACUCCACAGUAUUAGCAUCAACAACUGCAAGAACAACUGCAUCCAGUGCGUUUCUUGGCGCAGAGGCGCAAUUGCUUCAGACCAACACAACAAUUUUUGUCUGAUUUUGUGAAACCUGUCUCUCCCAGUUAUUUUACCCUCUCUUUUGUUGCAGCAGCAGCAGCAGGAAAAGGGAUUGUGCAAUGAUGGACCUCCGGCAGAAGUGAGGUCAAAGUGGAUCCCUCUGGAAUGUGCACGUCAUCCCGGAGUUGGGAUUUUUUUUUUUGGUUUCUCCCCCAAACUGGGCAGCAGUUCUUCAACAAGGAUUCUGAUGAAUGCUGACCGCUGGACAAUCCAGGUUUUUUUUUUUUUUUUUUUUUUUUU